AUGGAGUUAUGCAACUCUGUAGUGAAUAUUCGUGAAGGAACAAUGAGCGAGGAAGAACUUAAAAGAAAGGCUUCAAAAGAAUUGAAAACUGCGAAAGAUCCUUUAGAACGACUUCGACUGCAAUGUUUAAUUCGAGGCAAUGCCGGGAUUAAAUCUCUAGGAAGAUCAUUCCGUAUUAUGGAUGAUAGUGGUGAUCGCAAGUUAGAUCUUGAGGAAUUCCGAAAAGGAUUGCACAAUUUUAGUGUGAAUAUACCCAAUGAAGAAAUUGAACAACUAUUUAAAAAAUUUGAUAAAGAUGGUUCUGGUUAUAUCGACUUCAAUGAAUUUUUGCCUCCAUUGUCGAAAACUCGUGUAUCACUAAUCGAUGCUGCAUUUAAAAAGUUUGAUAAAACUGGAGAUGGCGUAGUAACUAUUGAGGAUAUGGAAGAAGUCUAUCAUGCUGAUCGACAUCCAAAAUAUCUUUCUGGUGAAAAAAGUCGUGAGGAUAUUUUCAAAGACUUUCUGAAGAAUUUCGAAGCUAGUGGACAUGUGGAUGGAAAGGUCACGAAGGAAGAGUUUCUGAAUUAUUACUGUGGUGUAUCAGCAUCUGUCGAUACUGAUGCAUAUUUUGAUUUGAUGAUGCGAAAUGCUUGGAAACUUUAUUAA